AUGCCUGCUCAUACCCCAAAUCCACCAUGCGAGCCAUUGCGAGUUACUGGCGAGGCCAUUGUCAAUAAUGCUGGCGAGCGCAUAGUGCUCAAGGGCACAGGGCUUGGAGGCUACUUGAACAUGGAGAACUUCAUCACCGGCUACGCUGGUCAUGAGCAUGAACAUCGAGCCCAGCUCACGACAGUACUGGGCAGAAAGAAGGCGGACUUUUUUUUCGACCGAUUCCUCCACUACUUCUUCACAGAUGCCGAUGCCGAGUUUUUCGCCUCGCUGGGCAUGAAUUGCAUUCGUCUACCAUUCAACUACCGCCACUUCAUCGAUGAUCAGAAUCCUGGAGAGCACAAGAAGGAAGGCUUCGUAUUUCUGGAUCGCGUCGUGAACAUAUGCGCCAAGUACAACCUGUAUGUUGUGUUGGAUCUACACGCAGCUCCUGGCGGUCAAAACCAGGACUGGCAUUCCGAUAGCGGCAUCACCAAAGCGCUUUUCUGGGAGUUCAGACUGUUACAAGACCAGACCAUUCAGCUUUGGGAGGCCAUUGCAGCACACUACAAAGGCAACCCCGUUGUAUGCGGCUACAACCUCCUCAACGAGCCGGCAGACCCCGAGCACACUCGUCUGAUAUCAUGGUACGAGCGUGCCGAGAAGGCCGUCCGCGCCGUCGAUCCAGACACCAUGCUCUUCAUCGACGGAAACACAUACGCCAUGGACUUCACUCGAUUUGACAAAGUGCUGCCAAACUCCGUCUACGCAAUGCACGACUACGCCAUGCUCGGCUUCCCCAUCCCUGGCCAAACACCCUACUCCGGCACGCCCGAGCAGAAGUCCAAGCUCAAGAGAUCGUUUGAGCGCAAAGUAGCCUUCAUGCGCGAGAAGGAAGUGCCCAUUUGGAACGGCGAGUUUGGCCCCGUGUAUGCGGAUGAGCGUGUCGAUCCGGCCGCCACUGAGACAAACAACGCGCGCUUCGAGAUGCUAAAGGAGCAGCUGAACAUCUACCACCAAGACCAAAUCAGCUGGAGUAUCUGGCUGUACAAAGAUAUCGGCUACCAAGGGAUGGUCUACGUCUCACCCUCCACCCCUUACCGACAACUCAUCGACCCCUUCGUCGCCAAGAAACAGAAACUAGCGCUGGAUUUCUGGGGCGUGGUGGAUAAAGAGGGCGUCAGUGAUGUGUAUGGCCCGUUCAUCGAGGGACUGAAGAAAAUGGUGCCGGAGCACUUGCAGAAAAAGAAGUACCCGUUCAUUUGGGACUUUGGCAGACAUGUUGAGAGGGUGGUUAGGGAGACGCUUAUGAGUGAGUAUCUGGGGUGGGAGUUUGCGGAGCUGUUUGAGGGGAAGAGUGAGGAGGAACUGGAGGAGUUGGCGAAGAGCUUUGCUUUUGAGAAUUGUGUGAAGAGGGAUGGGUUGAAUGGGAUUUUGAGGGAGGAUGGGAGGAGGGGGGACAUUGACGCGCACAUCGCCAACCUCCGUGCGCAACUGCUUUUCCUGAACAAAGGCCUCGAUGCGACAGACCAUAAUGCGCCCGACUGGCUCGCCACAGAUCUCAUCUCGCUUCGGAAUAAAAGCGGCAGGCUGCAGGAUGACAUGAAGCGCUUUAGGGACCAGUUGCAGAGCGAGGGACUGGGGGCUAAGAAGGCCAAAAUUUCAAACAAGCGACUCAGCAUCGAGGGCGAAGGGCUGGACGCUAAGAAGGUGUGA